AUGGAUGAAACAUGGGUCCAUCACUUCACACCUAAGACUAAGGAACAGUUAAAGCAAUGGACCAAGGUGGCUUUUAAGGUUAGAAAACAACCAAAACGAGCUGUCGGAGCGGAAAACGAUGAGCCAAUCCCGGAGAAAGAGAUGGCGCAUCAUAUUCCCAUGGCGGUUAUAUUUCCACAAUUGCCGCAUCUCAGCGAGAUUUACCUUAACUUCGGUAUGAUCUAUGUAAACGAUGGUUUCGAAUGGCGAGAUUUCGAGUUUUCCGUGGAGGAUUGCGUGAAUCUGGGAGAAGGAAUUAAAGCUAGUCCGAAGCUGAGAAAAUUCAACUUAACCCGUAGUAACUUGGACCAACCGCGAGCCGCCGCAAUUCUCCAAAGAAUGGCAUUAAACCAUAAUAUUGAGGAAUUGGAUCUGUCGCAUUGCAAGUUGAUGGACACUGGCGCACACGCGGUAGGCGAAUUUUUGUCAAUACAUCAGAAACUGAAGACUCUACAUUUGGCAAACAAUAACAUAGGGUCAACAGGAUUAGCUGGCAUUAUUCAUGGAAUAUUGAAGAGGAAGUCGAGCUCACUCAAGAAUUUGGAUCUUAGACUCAAUCCUUUGCAAGACGAAGGGGCUAAUCACGUGUGCGCUCUCCUAAUAAGAAACGAAAGUCUGGAAAUACUCAACAUCAGCGGCUGUGAAUUAAGUUCAGCAGCCGGCAUAGCGCUUGCUCAGAUGUUCUCUUCCGGUUGCGUGAAACUAGAAGCUUUAGAUCUCGAUGUGUCGAACAACGAUUUUGGACCAGCCGUUGGAGAGUUGUUCGAGGUAGUCGUGAGGUCAUGUCCGUAUAUUAUCCACUUGGACGGGCGAAUGUGCAAUUUCUCGAUAGAAUCGGAGUACUCGAUCAAUGAGGAUGUGUACAGGUAAGACCUGAGUAAAUUUGUUACGUUCAAAGGACCCCGCACAAACCUUAUGGAAAUUGGGUGCCGGUGAAUUUGUCUGAAACUUUGGGAAAUGGUAGCUUCCGUCACGCUGAUAAAAGUUAUCAUUGCACCAAAUUGAUUUAUAGCGUCGUUUAGGCGCUAGUGUUGUUUGAAAGUCAGGAAUUGUGCGGUAUUCUAUGGGUAGCAUGAGUAGCAUAUCAGC